UGAGCGCGGAGGAGCAGGGUGCAGGAAAAGAGCGGCGAAAGCGCAGACUCUCGAGGUCGUGGAGAAGGGUGGCGUCCGGUGGCGUCGGUGAUAACGCUUCUCGCUUGCGAUCUCAGUGCCGCGCGGAGCAACCGACUGGUUGGAACCGUUGCUUCUCUUCACUUUCGAGCCGAUCUCGCACCAGGUAUACUCGCAUCUUGUAUCGACGCUUCUCUUUCUCCUUGUGCUUCCGGUAACUCAUAUCCCCGUUCUCUUUGCCUCAUCAUCAUUCAACUUGGAGCUGGAUCGAGAGCGGACGUGAACGGGCGACGACAAAGGGAACGUGGGUAAGGAGAUUUCCUGCUCCCGAGUCGAGGAUAUAUGGAGGGGACGAACGUUUUGUGAAAAAAAAAAAAAAAAAAAAAAAAAUUAUAUAUAUACCACGUGUCUUUCGAGCAGUAUCGUUGAUGCACAACAACGGUUGCGCCUUUCAGACAGAGCGAAACAAUUUUUUUCUUUCUAUUUUUUAUUCUAUUUAUAUUAGAAUUUCAAUUAUUUUCAUCAGUUUCCGUCCAACAAAUUCAUUUGUAGCGUCGUGCGGCGGCGUGAGUCGAGGCGAAAGAGGAGAAGCGAGGGGAGAAAAUGAAAUCGGUUGUAUAAUUUGGGGGUGAGCGAUAGGCACCGGAAUGACGGACUACGAAAGAAUUCGAUUGGUCGUUUUGGGAGGCGCUGGUGUUGGAAAAAGCGCGAUUAUAAGGCGUCUUCUUGGGCAGGGAUUUACCGAACGAUAUAGGCCAACGGUAGAGGAUCUCUAUUCAAGAGAAUGCGUCCUUGGAACGUUGACACUGAAAGUCGAUCUUCUGGAUACCGCCGGUGACCUACAGUUUCCAGCGAUGAGAAGACUAAGCAUAGCGACGGCGCACGCCUUUUUGAUGGUUUAUGCGACCACGUCAUUGGCGAGCUUCGAAUGCGUCAAGAGGUGCUUCGAGGAAGUCAGAGAGCAACGACCUGAUUUUCAGGAAGUGCCGAUAGUCGUGGCCGGGAACAAACUUGAUCUUGCUACGGCGAAACGACAAGUUCCGAUAGAAGACGUUAGCGAAUGGUUGUUCUGUGAAUUGCCGAAAAUUCGUGGUAAAGUAAUGGAAUGCUCGGCGAAGGAUGAUCACAACAUCAAAGAAUUAUUCCGAUGUUUCGUAACGUUGUCGAGAAUCGUGCCAAAAAAUUCGGGCAGCGAGACCGACGAAUCGGGACUGAGAAGACGUUGUUCGGCUUACGGUUCGCGCCGGUCUGGCAGCCCCGGUGGUAGAACCGGGAGCACGAGUCCGGGAUCUCCCGGCCAACAGCAGGUUAUGGCAGCCCAGGGUUCGAGCGUAGUAACCGUUGCCGAAGAAGUCAAGAGCAAACCUCGGAGUCGUAGUCUGAUAAGACGAGCGUCGCGAAAAACGAAGCAACAGAUACGCGACUCACACGCGGACGACUGUAACAUUUCUUAAAUUCAAAAGCUGCUGCGUCGCUACUUUGUAAUACUGCUAUAUACUGCGCUACGAAGACAAUGACGGAUCGGUGAUAGAGUCGAAAAUAUCGGAGAAGCUGGAACGAAUGAAAAAAAAAAAACGACGCAAUAACAUAUAAAAAGAGCGUGUGGAAAACGUGGGGAAGUAACACGAGGCGAUGUUCCUGACGUAACAUACAAGAUGUGAGAGAGAGAAAAUUUUCUUAUAGUCGUCGAGCCCUCGGAGACAAAAACACUGAGGUGCGAGAGAGAAAAUAAAUAAUGUUAUUGAGAGAAGUAGGAGAGCAUCGACGCGGGCGGAUGAACAGAAAAGAAACGGGCAAACGAAUUUUUAGCCGGUGCGCUUAAAAUUUCAAGAGUACAACAUGCGAAAGAAGAUAUAGUAUCUAUUUUAUGUAAAAGAAAAAAAAAACAAACAAACAAAACGACAACAUUUUUUUACAAAGUGAUUGGUUUUUUACCCGAUGCUAAUUCUUCGCGCAGCUUGUUUGCGAAUGAAAUUGUUUGAACAACGGUGGAGGAGAAGGAAUGAAUGAGGGGAAGGCGGGUUUUGCUCGCCGCUGCUUAAUGAAAAAUCCGGAACGAUGUGAAGGAAAAAAUGAGGGCUAAGGGGAAAAGAAGUCGGGAAAAACAAGAGCGUCUCUCGGAGAGUGAAGAAGCGAAAAUGAAGUAGGAUGAAAAAACGUUUAGGCACGGCAGAUUCCGAACUCGAUCCAUUUAGCCGGGGUAAUAAACUUUUCGUAAAUCCCACAGGUCAGUUGACGUCAGUUGACGGGUGGAUAAAACGAGAGUAAUCGAUUAACGCUCGAAUGGAGGAUUCACGCAUCGAAGCGACUCGAGAAAACAGAAACUUGACGUAUUGCGACGACUGCAAAGUAGUUUGGAUUUACGCGUAUCGAUAUAUAUAUGUAUACAUUUGUGGUAUGGAAAUUUAAUCUUUUCCAUUGAAUAAUCCGAUGUUGAAAAUUUUUCAAACAAUUUCGACGGUUACGAGAUUUGUUGUCCAUCAUCGUGUAACAUCGUGUUCGUUGAAAUUCAUAUGGCGGAUAAUGUUCGAAUUUGAUCGGAUAGACGAUGUCCGGUGUUUGCAUGUUAGGUUCGUUGCUAUACGGGGAUCAUCGUUUACAGUGCAUUUUUGUUCAUGCGCGGUGCGGACGUUGCUCGCGGUAGAGGGCAUCUAUAUUAUCGAAAUGUAUGUCGUACGGGGGAGCGAACGAUCCGAGCGUUAAAAUAAUAUAAUAAUAUAUACGGGAAUAAUUUUAAUCCAAUAAGGGAUCAAUGAUAGAUAGUUAACGUUUCGUACGCAAUAGCCUUCUCUCCCGAUAUCGAUGCACCAAAAAAGGGAUUGACGUAGAAAAGAAAAAAAUUUCUCAUACGAAAAUCGAGGAGAGGAGGGGUCCUUUUUUUUCAACCGAUGCGGCGGGCGGCUGGCGCUCCUUCACAGCUAUAUCGAGCCACAGAUGUGCGGACUCUGUUCAUAAGAGUCGCAUAACGCGCCGUGAUUAAUAGCUUGACUAUAUUAUAUAAUAACUGAAUGUAUACGAAUUAAGAAUUUUAAUCAAAAACAUUGGUAUCUUUGAUAUAAAUAUUAUUGUUAUUUCAUAUUUCUAAUAUCUUAUACGCGCGCGAGGUAAAAUAAUGAGUCUGAGGAUUCGUCAUCGCCGCGAUGAGGUAAUAAUUUAUCAAAAUUUAUAUCGAUAUAUCGCGAUUUACGAAUUGAGAAUGGUGUAGUAUAUACGCAAGGAUUAGAAAAAAUAUGUUCGCGUGCGUGCGCGCGUGCGUGCGUGCGUACAUACAUACGAGUGGGAGAGCGGAAAAAGUAUACGAGAUUGAGGGUGAGCGAGCGCGAUGGUACAAUAUACAGAUGCGGAAAUAUCCGCGCAAUUGAGUUAUUCGUGUUAUUUUUCAAGACACGGUAGAAUUGAAAACGUCCACGGGAUAGCCGACUAUUCUAACGUAGAAAGCGUUUACCGCGAGAUUAUGAAUUCGAGACGACGAUUUAUAUGAUAUUUUUUCAAAAAACAUUUUCACGUCGAGACAAAGGAGACGCGAUGUUGCGUAUCUACUAUAUUUGUAAUUAAAUGAUUUCAAACAGGGCCGCGAGGCGUCCUGCGUAAAAGGUUCAGCCUAAGAAACGUACGGUUUGAUUAUACGACGGAUAAGGGAAUAUGGGGCAAAACGGGCCGUUCAAAAUCUGUUGCUCAAAAUUAGCUUAAAUUGGUGAAUUUUGAGGAAAAAUGGACACGCCGGAGGGGGGCAAAAUGCACACACGUAAGGGUCAAAUUUUAUAAAAUUCAUAAAUUUUUUCUUUUAUCGUUGAAUUGUAUGAUGAAAUGCACACAAAAUUCAAGUUUAAGAGCGAAGAAGAGAUUUAAAAAAAAUUUUUUUCGACAAAAAUCGGACUCAUAGCUGAUAUCGUCUUCAUCAACAUGCAUGCACCUGUAUACAAUGUGCAUGUGGGCCCAUUUUUUGCAUUUUACACAGCUGAUCCACUCUUCGGAGGAAAGCGAAUACAAUUGUUCGCAAAAAAUGCAAGAAACGUCUUCCAAAGAUGAGGAGGAUUUGCUUGCUGUCUUCGCGAGCUUCUUUCGUCUGCUCGCGCUAAACUGGCGGAGCGAUAGUAGCGCGAUACGACGGGCUUGUAAGAAUGGGCAUUUCGCCCACGGUUCGCCCGCUGAGCACGGGGUUUCGUCGACAAUAUAUUGGCUGCAUGGCGCACGUCGACAAGUAUUUAAACGUCUGUAUAUUCCGAAAAAUGUCGGUUUUUCGAUUUUUAUGCCUUCGAGAUUCGAGAGGCUCGGUCCGUUUUGCCCCAAAAAAUUGUUUUUACGAAAUUCGUAAAACUAGGAACGGAAAUAAAUUGUGGGACUCGAAUAUAGCUCGCACAGCAAUUAUGCCCCAGCACGAUCGACCCGAAGCUAAUUUUUUGCAUUACCCAAAAGCACGAACCAAAUUCGACUCUCAAAAUUUGGCUCAUUUUUUCUUCUCCCGUGCCAAGGAAUGGGGGCCUAGACAUUACAUUCGGAAGCAGUAGCUUAAAACGUCUGUGCUUCGAGAAAUGUGGAUUUUUUCGAUUUUUAUGCCUCCGAGAAGAGGCUUGGCCCGUUUUGUUUUCGAAAAUUUUUUUUUCACGAAAUUCAGGAAAAACUAGGGCUCAAACAUGGUUGAAAGACCAUUUUGCCCUAUAUUUUCCUACAUUUUAAAUGAACACGGUGAAAAAGUGAAUAUUCCAAGAUUCGAGUGAGAUAUUAUUAACGGGCAUGCAUCCAGCACAACGGCGCAUGGUCUUUUAAUAAUUUCAUACAAUUUUGAAAGUUGAAAUCGCGAAAAAUCGACCCCGCUCGGUCCUCCGACUUUUUACAUGUAGGAGGGAGAAAAAUACGGGGAAUGAGAGAUCACGCUUCUGGGUGAAAUCUUUGUGUAUCAGGCACGAAACAAACUUUGGGUCCACUCUGUCAACGAGUGUAAAAUGAAAAAAAAAAAAAAAAAAAAAAAAAAAUGUUUCAUCCGAAUUUACCAGUUUCGAAAUUGAUUUUAUUAUCCUCAUUUCCUGGGGAACUUGUUGUUAUUGAAACAAGAAUUUGUUAGGGGAAAAAUAAUAAUAUAUGCAGCAGUUUCUCAUAUGGUGGUAAAAAAUAUAAAUAUAUUUUAUAUAACCACGAAAAAUUCGCGUAUAUAUGGUCCAAUUAUGCGAAUAAGACAUCAACUCUAUACCUCUCUAACUUUUAUUAUUUUUGCCAACUAUACUCGAAUUUAAAAAUGCCUCGGCUUUGCCCGUGACUUUAGCGAGAUGAGAUCCAAGUUCAUCAAAGGCGUGUACAAUAACGUGAUUAGAGUUCGAAAUUUCGAAAUUUGGCGAGUGUUAAUUUUGGCUCAUGUGCAUACAGGUAAUAACCGUUGACUCGAAAAGAAGAGUUAAAAAAAAAAAAAAAUCGUCCUUAGUAAAUUCCAAAUUAAUUCGAUCGAUCGUUCUUGUUGUUCUCUCUGUACGGCAAGUACCUACAGCAAGUAAAAAAUAAUAAUAUCGAGAAAUCGAGAAAAGAGAUAAGCAGCUACGAAUGUAAAUGGGAUAAUGAAGAAGAGAGGAACCGAACGAAAUAGCGCGAAUCGAAGAAGCAAGUGCGCGGUCGAAGCGCUUAAUGAAUCAGUCUCUCGUGGGCGAACGCCGAUUUUUCAUCAAUUUCCGAAGAGAAAAAAAAAUGUUUAAUGAAAUGAAACGUUCGAAUACAGUCUAACCAGUCAUAACGAAAUCGUGUAGUCAUAACUAGUGAAAUUAUACUAAUAAUAUUGAUACAACAGGCUGGAAUGCAAUUUACAAUAUCAACGAGUAUGUGAUACAAAAAUGUGUUAUAAUAUUAUGUCCGACGGAGCUACAACAAACAGGGUAUAUAUAUAUAUUAUAUAUAUUAUAUAUAUAUAUAUAUCCACACGACGAGAUGAUUCAGAAUAUGCAACAGAGAUCGAUUUGAUACUUUAAUCUGUAGGAUUAAGCACGAAUGCACGUAUCGAUUCGAUUUUCAGACUUGAUAUUUGAAUAAAACAUAGGGGCAAGAGGGAGAAGAGAGCACCGCUCGAAAGUUCUUUCCGUUAUUGAAUAGGAGAAACAAAAUUGUACCGAAAUCCAAGCGGUAUAUUUCGGGGUGUAUUAGGAAAGGCGUUUCUCGUUGUUAAAUGGGGGAAGAAAAAAAAAAAAACAUUAUCGAGAAAAAGAUUUAUCAAUAAAGUAUAUAUAAUGAAAAAUGAAA